AGGUACCUUGGCUAUAAUUAGGAGCUGAAAUGGCAAUUCAGGUUUGAAUGGUAAAUUGCUGCUUGACAAACGUCCCCACCACAAACCCCUUUGACAGCCCAUUUAGCCACCGAGAGCUGCUGUCAGGCAUCCAGAGCAGGAUGGGGCAGAAGGAUCAGUCUCUUCUCUCUGCUCUCCUGGGGAUGAAUGGAGGGCACCUUGUGCGGGAGUUGCUCAUGGCUGCUGCACAUCUGGUGCUGACAGCACAGCUGAGAGAAUACAUCACACUGAGCCAGGGCCACAGUGUAAUUCUCCUUCCGUGGCAGCUUUGCCCUGACCAGCUUAUCUGUUGAGGUGGGGGCACAGCAGAACAGGCCACAAUGGGACCCCAGGCUGCAGAGAGAAGUUGCACUUGGGCUGUUGCAGAGAGUUCUGUGUCAUCACAUAGUAACUGCUGUGCAUGUGCCAGCAAGAGCAGAGCUAGCAUGAGUAAGCUUAUUAUUCGAUAAUCACACUUUCAUCUUUCUGGAUACAUAAACUGCUGAGGUAUCCAAGUCUUGCAGUGAGGCACAAUCACUGUCUGAAGAUGAGCAAGAAGGAACUGGGUCCUUUCCUCAUUGGGAACAUAUGUCUGAUUUGACACCAUUAUCUUUUACUAUUUUUAAACAGUAUAUCAUUAUUGAAGCACCUGUUGCCACUUAAUUACCUGUGUUUGAUUACAAAGAUGCUAAGUAAUGUGCUUUUUAGGUACAAACUUCUUCAUUUUUAUAUCCUUUUAUGAUGAGCCGUAUCAAAGCCUCUGUGUCCAUUUCCAAGGCUGGAUCAAAACCUCGCGUGUGGGUCAGUGGCUGAGCACCCAGCCUUUUCUCCUGAACUUUGGGAAAUCUGGAGUUCUAAUCAACACCUUAAGUCCCCUCAGUUAGAACGAUAUGACCUAGAGGUGCUGACCUAUGCAGCCGGUAUCCACCGCGGUCCCGUUUCGGCAGGCUGAGGACCCAGGUGGGGGCCUCUGGUGGGCCCCGGCCCCCGGAAGGGGCUCCCAUUGCCGGGCUGGCUCCCGGUGCUGAGGCAGAGGUGCUGGCCGAGGGGCACGCGUGCGGGCAGCCUGCAGGGCAGGGGCACCGAGCUCUUUCCUUCCCCGGGAGAUGCGUCGGGGGUCAGUCCCCCGUCCCCCCCUCGCUGCCCCCGCUCUCCCCGCCGCCGGGAGCGAUGCUCCCGAGGCUCCGGGCCGCCGCCGCCGCGCCGGGAGCGGGAGGGGGGGGCUGCGGCCCUGCGGUCCCCCCUCCCCGCUGUGCCCGGGGCCGCCGGGCCCUGCCCGCCCGCCGCGCUGCGGGAGCGCCGCCCGCCGCCGCCCGCACCCCUUCGGCGGCGCCGCUUCGCCUGGCUGCACGGCCCGGCCUGAGCCGGCCCCCGGCGGGGGGAGGCCCUGGCUCACCUGGACGAGCGGCGCGGGGGGGAGCCCCGGCGCGGGGAACGGUGCCCGCCAACCCCCACCGGAGCGCUCCUUCCGCGGCCUUUGUUUGCGCUGUCACAUGGGCCGCGGUGCGGGAUUUAAGCGGGUCUCCGCAGGACAUGCCGUGAGCGGCGCGCCGCAGCCCUGCCCGCAGCGGCAGCGCUCCGCCCGGCCGGGGAUGCGGCUCUAGCGGCCCCGCGAUGAGCGGCUCCUCCAUGGCGAAGAGCGAGUCCCGCACUUCGCUGCUGAAGGCGGCGGGGAGCCGGAGGGCGGCGGGCGCCCAGCCCCAGCCCCGCGGCAGCCGCGCCUGGGACGGCAGAGGACAAGGCGGGCAGGCGGGGAGAGAGCUGAGCCAGGAGCCGCUCCCCGGGGAGCCCAGUGCCCGCAGGCCGCUCUGCCACCCGGGCGCCCGGGAGGAUGGAGCGAGGGGCGCGGGGAAGCUGUCACAUGGACGGGGGGAGAGCCAGCCGGAGACGGCGGAAGGAGGUCCAAGGAGAGGCAGUGGCAAGGAACCGGUGCGGACAUCCAGGCACCACCACCACCUCCCGCCGCACGCCAGCCACGGGCACCCCCAGGACCAGCAUCAGCUCUCAGACAGGGAUGGGGAGGAGGCAGAGGAGGACUUUUUCUUCAGUCACAGGCAGCGGUCCAGCAGAGAGUCCCUAAAGCUCUCGGAAGGCGCUUCACCUCUGUCCAAAUCCAGCAGCAAGUACUCCACCAAGUCCAGCGGCAGCGACCGGUCGGUGGAAGCGGACCCCCUCUUCCAGCAGCUGCACCCCAUGCUCAGCUCGGUCUUUGGCCAGAUCCGCCAUGAGGAGAAGACGUGCUAUAAAGCUGUCCAGACGAGUGAAGAGGGGCCGUCGGCUUGCGAGUACCAGGGUCCGCUCAUGGUGCUGGCCCAGAACUGCGCCGUCAUGCACAACCUGCUGGGGCCGGCAUGCAUCUUCCUGAGGAAGGGCUUCGCAGAAAACAGGCAGCCUGAUAGAGAACUGCGUCCGGAAGAAAUCGAAGAAUUAAGAGAAGCCUUUAAGGAGUUUGAUAAAGACAAGGAUGGGUUUAUUAACUGCAGAGACCUGGGGAACUGCAUGCGAACCAUGGGCUACAUGCCUACUGAAAUGGAGCUAAUAGAGCUCUCCCAGCAGAUCAACAUGAACUUGGGUGGCCAUGUGGAUUUUGAAGAUUUUGUUGAGCUGAUGGGACCAAAGCUGCUAGCAGAAACUGCAGACAUGAUUGGCGUAAAAGAGCUCCGUGAUGCCUUCAGAGAGUUUGACACCAAUGGUGAUGGGGAGAUCAGCACCAGUGAGCUGCGAGAAGCCAUGAAGAAGCUUCUAGGGCAGCAGGUGGGCCAUCGGGAUAUUGAAGAGAUCAUCCGGGAUGUGGAUCUGAAUGGAGAUGGACGUGUUGAUUUUGAAGAGUUUGUUCGCAUGAUGUCCCGUUGAAGAUUAUUCUCAGCUAAAGAAGAAUCAGCACCUUAGAGAGGGCAGAAGAGGACCUAGAUGGAGCAUCUAGCCCCGAUGUUCCCACAUGAAGGUUUAUCGGCUGGCUGCAAUUGGGACAUUGCAAGAUGACCUGCUGCUCCUCCCUCAUGGUGGUCCCCAUGCCCCUCCACCCUUUCACACUGUGAAAGACUUGCAACUUCCUACAACUGGAACCAUUCCUUGGAAAUGAUUGCAGGAAACUGCAGAGCCAGGACUUGCCAUGAUGCUUUCAUGGGAUAUUUGCAACUUUAGACUCCUCCUCCCCAGCUUUGUUCUCCCACCAGCUGCUGCAAAGCAAGAGCAGGAGAAAUCCUCUUGGCUUGGUGGACGAGAGCAAAGCCAUUGGGACUGGUGGCAGCCUCAGGGCGUGCUCUGCACUUCUUGGUUUCCCUUGGUGAACCGUGUCUGUGUUUGCUGUCUAUGUGUGUGUGUCUAUCUGUGUGGAGUUAUUUAUGCUUCCCCGGCACAUAUUUCGCAUCUCCUGUGGUUAUGUUUACCAAGAGUACCUUCAAAUACAUGUCUUGCGGGGAGAAAGCGA